GGACAAGUGCUCGUACUACCACUUCUUCCUUCUAGUUUGUUUUUCGCGAACAUAUUCACCCCCACUCCCCCACGCCUCUCAGAAAAGAAGAAAACACCAACAAACAUGUCAGAUGCGACUUCCCCGAAGAGCCCCGUUGCGCAGGCGCAAAACAGCGCCGGCAGCACCAAACUCCCAGCAGACUAUCAGUACCGCCUCGAGGACUGUGAGAUGGCCCUCGCGCGUCAUCACUUUACACGCGAUGAGCUGCAGCGCGGCCUGACGUGGACCAAAGUCAGCACCGGCUUUGACUACGCGUUGAUUGCAUUUGGUGGAUACUUUGGAUGGACAAACUACCGCAUCGCCGAGCAUGAGGCGUCGUUUCUUCGCAGCGUCACCGGCAACCCUUACAUCCGCCGCGUCUUCACGCCCUUUCCGUUCCUCUCCUUGCUGUGUGUCGUGUUCGGCCUCUUUGCGCUUCCGGUGGAUCUCGCCGCCCUCAGCGUGGCGAAGGACCGCAUUCAGAUGGAAGAGCGUGCAAUUCAGAACGGCGAGGUAAUUCGGCAGGACAUCAUUCGAGAAGGCACGGCCGUUGCCUCUUCGGCAAAGAAAGUGGCAAUCAAAUAA